AUGUUUAAUACUAACACCAAGGCUGAAAAAUUAUCCGAAAAGCAAAUCGCCGAGUUCAAAGAAGCAUUCUCUUUGUUUGACAAGGAUAGCGAUGGAAAGAUCACAACCAAGGAAUUGGGUACCGUCAUGAGAUCUUUGGGUCAAAACCCAUCUGAAAGUGAACUUACUGACAUGAUAAACGAAGUUGAUGUCAACAGUGAUGGAUCUAUUGACUUCCCAGAAUUCUUGACCAUGAUGGCCAGAAAGAUGAAGGAUACCGACUCUGAAGCUGAAAUUGCUGAAGCUUUCAAGGUGUUCGACAGAAACGGAGAUGGUAAAAUCAGUGCUGCUGAAUUAAGACAUGUGUUGACUUCCAUUGGAGAAAAGUUAUCCGACGCUGAUGUUGAUCAAAUGAUCAAGGAAGCCGAUACAAACAACGAUGGAGAAAUUGACAUCCAAGAGUUCACCCAAUUGUUAGCUGCCAAGUAA